AUGCAAAUGGUCAUAAACAGAUAUUCAAGAAAAAAUAACCGCAUGCUCCAGACCAGAAACUCAUCUAGAAAUCUUCGAAACUCGGGAAAUUCUAAAAUCGAUGGGUGCAAGGAUAUCAACGAAACUCUUUUGGAAAUGGCCAAACAGUUGAAAACUGUCUUACCCACUGAGCGCAGACCAUCUCUCGGACGCAGAGUAUUUUCAUUAUUUUCCCGGUGUUGCAUCGUGCUCAUUCGAUUUGUACUCCCUCUGUUCGGUAUUCUCCAAAGCGGCACUUUUGGAUCGGUUUUCAUACUUCUUGGUGCUAUCGUGAAUCUUUUCCCCGAAAAGCUCUUCUCUCCAUUUCUUCCACGGGGUAAAGCCCUGUCGUCCGUCCCAAUUUCCAUACCACAAAGAUAUAGGUUUCGUAAUCUUGACUUUCUGUCACGUUUGAACCUCCUCGAAGGGUUGGUGCCUCAGAUUCGACUCAUUCCAUACAAUGGCAAUCUGCUUUGCCUGACUUUGCUCCAAGCCUCUAAAAACCAUUAUUGGGACGAAAAAGAUGAAUUCCGUCAAUGCCGCCGUAUGAUCGCAAACUUUCCUAACCAGAAUCUGUUCCUCAAAUGGUUCUUGAAGUGGAAUCUCUCCAGCCAUCAAGUUUCUGAGCUUAUCGAAGCUCAUGCCGCUGAAGCGCUGACUUAUAUGAAACCGGCAAGGACUUAUAGUGAAGUACUCGACGUUCUUCGUGCUCUCGACAAUCUUCCCUAUCUCCAUUUCCAAUUUCAAGAAGUUUUCCACGAGCUUACAACCAUAAGCGCACUUUCCAACCCUGCAGUUGCGGCUCCGUUGAAACUAGUCUAUGAGCAAAACCGAACUUAUUUUGCGUUUUUCGCUGCAAUCGACCACAGUUGUUGGUCCAUCCUUGAGAAACUUCCGGGUCGCCCUCUGCGCCCUCUGCGGCCUUCACGACUCCACCAACUCCGCUCAGGUGUGAAUCGUCUGAAAGACUCCCGGGAACAAAGAUUGACCCCCCUCUCCCCCAAAUUCUCUCUAGAAAAGGUGACUUUUUCGAUCCCCGUGAUACAGAUUCACUUUUCGCCUUUCUGUACACCAGUAUGUGUCGGCCCACAGAAGUUGGCCACUUAUGUCUACUGGGACCGAGGUUCAUCCCAGUCCUUUGUGUCACCUACAGUUCUUCAGGCCCUCAAUCUGACACCACGAAAUGCAAAGGAACAAGGACGUCUUCAAAUGGUUGGCUUGCAUAAGCAGACCUUUAUUUCACAUGCUGUUACACUUGAACUUACCAUGCCCACAUUCAAUCAGAAGUUUUCGCUCGAAUUCAUGGUUAUUGAUUCCGGUGUCGCGCCCAUUGUUUUAGGAGUUGACUUUUGGGACCAGUUAUAA